AUGGGUCUGACAUUCUCUUCGUUGUGGUCGCGUUUAUUCUCGAAGCGGGAAACGAAAGUAUUGAUUUUAGGAUUGGACAAUGCUGGUAAAUCUACGAUUCUCUAUCGGAUAACGAUGGGAUCGGUAGUCGCUUCAGCACCGACGGUAGGAUCCAAUCAUGAGAUAUACGAUUACAAGGGAGUCAAAUUCGGUUUAAUAGAUAUAGGUGGACAAACUUCUUUGAGAUCUUCUUGGUCACAAUAUUUCCAAGGAACAGAAGCUAUUAUACUGGUGAUUGAUUCAAGUGAUAGUGCCAGAUUAGGAAUGGUUAAAUCUGAAUUGAUGAAACUGGUCUCUGAUGAACAACUGAAAACAUCCCUUCUGCUCGUACUGGCGAACAAACAAGAUUUACCCAUAUCACAAGGUCGUCUAUCGCCUGCUCAAGUAUCAGAGGCUUUGGGUCUGACGGAUUUGAGAGAAAGAGAAUGGCAAAUAAUGGGCUGUAGUGCUUUGACAGGUUUGGGUUUGUUCGAAGGUAUGGAUUGGUUGGUCGGUAAAUUGGAGUCUAGAUGA